UGCAGCGUAACGACACAAUCGCUCUCUCGCUCACGGUAGCAGUGGUUCGGUGCAACAACGAGCCGAGCUCGAAAUCGUAACCCGAAAGGACGAAACACGCGAGCGCUGUUUUCGGGAAAAAACAGGGGCCCGAAUCUUCCCCCAGUUGCCGCAUCCGGUUCUCCACCCCCGGGAGGUGUUCCGGAGGAAGCCGAGCCGAGUCCCCGACCGUACCGGGGGCCCUGUGCUACGGUCGGCCAGCCCAAAGCAGCAAGCCCGCGUCAGUAUGCUGCUAGUACGGUGAAGGUAAAGAUGAGCAUUGCUUGUGUGUUUCGUCAUUGGUUUGGAAGUUGCUUACUGUAUACUGCUGCUACUGCUGCUGCUGGUGCAUUAGCUGGUUAAAGGGUGUACACGUUUAAGCGUUUUUUGUUGUUGUGGAGGAAAGUGAGCUUCGCCGAGUGUGUGCGUGUGUUUGGUUUUUGAUUAGAAGAAGCGCGUUGACAUGGAUUGAUGAUUAUUGAUGUACACAAGAUGAUGGUGCAGUGAUCUGGGGCUGUAUGGACAGAACGGAGGACGGAUUAAUCUCUACCUACCAAUCAAACGGUCCUGCUAGGACCUGGACGUCUGUGACUGUGUGUGAGGGUGUGUGCUUGCUCGUGUGCACUGUGCACAGCUGCCAGUGAGCUGGUGUACCGAAAGAACUCACUGCUCGGUUAAAUGUACGAUGGAGUAGCGACGUGCAAGACAGUGUAGUCGUCGAACAGGUUGCGAAUCUAGUGUGUGAGCUUGAUCAUCAAGUUGAGCGCCCGAACAGUUGCAAUUCGUGUGGCUUCACAAAAAAAACCCUUCCUACAGCUGCUCAUUCUUCUAUCAACCAUCAUCGAGAAGCUGUCGAUGGCGCAAACCGUCAUGUCCGAACCGGCAGCUCGGCGGUGACCUUCGCCACCGUGUGGUGAGAACGUUUCUGGCGCGCCUGAAGCUUAAGUCAGGCUCGUGAGCCUGAAGCAGAUCGUUUUGCGAUCGUUCGCACCUGCCAAAACCUGGUUCUCUGUACUGCUGCUUGACCUGACCAAGGCAAGGUGUGAUAAAAUCAGUGUGCCCCCAUCCCUCCCUCCCCUUCCCCGGCAGUGUCAGUACGUACGCGUGAUUCUCGCUCGGUGCGUAAAGUGCGUCCAGUGUUUUACGGUACGGUACGUUGUGUGCGGCUUGCUCCAGCAACAGUGUGCCCCUCCGGCGGAUGUGUGACGGUGUGUAUGUGUGUGCGUGAGUUUACAUGUAAAGCGGCGUAAAGCGCUCACGCAGCUGGACCUCGCCCGGCACCGAAUUCAAUCAACUAAACUGUCUCGACUGCCCGUCUCUGGGGAGGUGGCAGUCGAGCGGCACUCGGCAAGCGAUGGUGACAUGGAACGGGGCCGACAGCGAUGGAAUGCACAGCUUUCGACCGCUUUCGAUCGGUCGCAACUGAAUCAAAGCAGCGCUGCAGAACGAGUGCAAUAUUUUUCGCUAGUAUACUUCAUGGUGCCUCAUCUGACAAGUAGCAAGUUAAGCAACAGGGUAACGGAUCCCUCGCGGUACCACUUUACCUAGGGCUGGUUCGAGCCCCCGGACCCAAAACCUUACACGGACACCAAAGCUCCAUCGCAGAUCUAGCCUCCGGGCAGUGUCACUCACUUGCAUUACUUGAAGCAUAUCGGACAACAAGAGCGCAAUAACAGCCCAGUGUUUGCUCAAAAUGAUCGACAACGGGUACUCGUACGUGACGCGCGACAACCUACGCUACACCGAGCUGAACGAUGGCCGCUCGUACGCCCAGAUGGGUACGCUCUCCUCCCCGCCGUCAAUGGCCAACCGGGGCAUGCCCGAGUACGACAGCUCGGUCGUCCAUCUCGCCAACCAUCGGCCGUACGAUCCGGCCCCCCAGACCGCGUUCGAGCGGUACGACACGGCGUACGCGCCGCAGCGUACCGCGCUCUAUCCGGCUGCUGCGUACGGCUACACGCAGCCAACCAUCAUCGACGACGAGCAGAAGUACCUGGGCGCGGACAGCAAUUCUCACCCGGCGGAGGUGCAGCAGCCCCAGACGCACCCGCACCAUCAUCAUCUCGGGCUGGGUGGUCCGGCAACGGUACCGGACGCCCGCACGCACCACUCGAUGAUGAAGGUCGAGAUGGACGACAGUGCGAGCGGCCCGAUCUAUCCUCGCCCGAUCUACCAUUACGAUCCAUCCACGUGCGGUGCGAUGCCGCCCGGCUUUUCCGCGAUCAAUCUGAGCGUGAAGGAGUCAAGCCCGCCGCUUCCGCCGUCGUACAAGACCGGACCCGGAUCGCCCUCACCGAACGGGCGGCGAGCGGGCGACGAGAGGGGGAGCAAGAUAUCCUCUAGCAGCCCGGAGCCGCAGGUCAGCCCGUCCGACGGCCGACGGAACAGCAGUCCCCAGGCAUCGCUAGACCUGAGCUCCAACAAUAGUGGCGGGACGAGUCCACAGUUUCCGAACCGUCAGAGUGCGAACAUCAACACCAACAACGGCAACACCAGCACCAGUGCGAACACGAGCAACACCAACAGUAACGCUGUGUAUACGAGCGAGGUAAGCGAAAGCCGCCCGGCGGAGGUGAACACCAACGAGUACACAAACACGCCGGAGCGUCCACUCGGGAUGGGCUUUGCUAGGCCGCAGCCACCUUCCGCCUCCUACAGCAGAGAGUCCACGCCGGACAGUGGGGGCUCCUACUACGCCGACAGCUACCGCGACCAGAGUGGCUACAGUCCGCACACGAGCUACGGCAUGGUGGUGCAGCCGGACUAUUCGAACGGGUAUCCCGGCUACGCACCGAACGCUUACCAGUACAGUGGACCGUACGCGAGCUCGCUUGGUACCACCGUCUAUCCGCCGACUGUACCGACGAGCUAUCCGGCCAGUUCGAGCUCAAGCUUCGUGACGCCGCCGACCCUCGGGCAGCACAUAGCGCCGCACGAUAAUCUCCUCAAGGCUGGUUCUUUCCUGUGCAGUCUGACCGGCUACCAGCGUCUCGAGCGACCCCAGUUUCCGUCACAGUCCCAGGAGCUGAAGUGUCCGACGCCCGGAUGCGACGGGUCGGGCCACGCGACCGGCAACUACUCGUCCCAUCGCAGUCUGUCCGGAUGUCCGAGAGCGUCCAAGCCGAAAAGCAAGCCGCGCGACGGACAGGAAUCGGAACCUUUACGAUGUCCCAUCCCUGGAUGCGAUGGUUCCGGUCACUCCACGGGCAAGUUCCUCUCACAUCGCAGUGCAUCUGGUUGUCCGAUUGCAUUCCGCAACAAGAUGCACAUCCUGGAGAACGGUGGCACGAUCGAGCAGGCGAAGGCCGCCAUGGCGCAGGCCGCCGCCGGCAAGUUCGAGCCCUUCACCUGCCCGACGCCAGGCUGCGACGGCAACGGGCACGUGGACGGUACGUUCAGUACACACCGCACGGUCGCGAGCUGCCCGACGGCCCAGGGACCGGGCCAGGCGCCGGCCAGCAAGAAGCCACGGUACGGUGACGCCGACGCGGGCGUGCUCGGCGGUCUCGGCCCGGUCGCGUCCAAGUCCUUCAACGACCUAGCGACCGGCUACAGCCAGAGCGUCAAGGGCAGCCUGAUGUCCGGGCCCGGUCCGCUGCUGGUUGGGCCGCCGGCUCCCCCGCCCGGCUCCCAGAUUCUUUCGUCUGGCGGUGGUCCACCGGGCUCCACGUCCGGGCUGCUUGCCGGUCUCGCACAUCCCGUGCCCGGCCUGCACGGUCACACCGUCCCGGGUGUAAUCGGUGGCCCCGGAUCCAAUCACUGCGGACCGGGUGCGGCCCCCGGCGACGGGCAACACACUGCGCACGAUCGGGCGGCGGGCGGCGGCGGUGUUGCGAUCGCACCCAACCCGACCACCGCUUCGACCGACGGUCUGACAUCCGACCUGAGCGGCGUACCACCGGACAGUGGGGCGGGCGUCCCGACCGAGGACAUCCUGGCGCUGGACGAGGAGAUCACCGAGCUUAAGCGGGAGAAUGCGCGGGUCGAGCUGCAGAUGCUGCGGCUCAAGUCGAACAUUAACGCGAUGGAGUCGCAGCUCAACAACAACAAUCACGAGCCGAAGCUGCUCGAGAUAGGGACGCGCGGGAUCACAUGAAAUUUCCUUACGUGUUAGGAUGUUCGCGGUACGCCUGUCGUCGGUGCGGUGAAGAAAGUGUGGUAACAGCGAGAGAGACAUAGAAAGAGAGAGAGAGUGAGAGAGAGAAGGAGAGUAGGAGAGAAUGAGAACUGUUGAGUCAGUGCGUGAAUCAAACGAGUGCGUGGGCUAGUGCGUGAGUGAGUUAGUGAAGGCGCAAAGGCGGAACCACACCAGGAGCGAUCCUAACGCGACAACUCCGGAGUGCAAACUGCGGAAUGAAAACUGCUAGCGAGGCAAGAUUGAAAUUUGCAACAACAACAAAAAAAAAAACCAAAAGCGUGAGUGAGACACAGUGACGAAAGGUGUGCGUGUUGAAGGAAAAAAUAAAGUAACCAGUGAUCGGCCAUCGAACCGAGCGCAAUACACAGUGUGUGUGUGUAUGUGUGUGUCGUUAGAGAGUUAUCUGUACAGAGGAAACCGGUCACCGACCGAACGAGAAGCGUUAUCAGAGACACACACUCGCAAUCACAAAAACACACACACAACAAUGGCAGAUGAGUGUAACAUCUCGCUACCUGGAAGUAUACUGCGGCGUACAGGGACGAUACGAACAAAACACACACACACACAAGCAUGCGAAACUAUUGGCCGAACAGAAACGAACAAACAAACACUAACCCUUACAUUGUAUACUAGAACGUUUUGGAAGUAAGUAUUGAACAUAUUGAAGCGGCCGAAUGGUGGGAGAUGGCGAAAGCCAGCAAAAAAAAAACACAAUACAAAAAAAAUCUCCCUAUUUGGUAAACAAAGUGUUUUUGUGCUAGUAUUGUAAUCCGUCGUGUUAGUCGUAAAAUGUAGGGAGUUCGAGGGCAGGUACCGCCAGUUCGAGACACCGGGGAACGGUGUCGGGCGUGUGUGCGUGAGUGUCGAUUUAUAAAACAAAACUACUCUUAGCAAGUCAUUUCCCCCAAUUCCACCCCUCCCAGUACGAACAACCAACCGCCACACACCCUCACACACAGCGGACACAGGAUCGAGUUGUACAGGGCACGGAGUAGAUUGUCUGCGCGGGUGUGAGGGUGUGCGUUGGGAGCGAAAGAGUUGCAGUUGUAAUAUAGUGGCGCCUUCCACCUUUUCGUUAGCAAUUGUUGACGCGUGUACUACCCGUAGUUGACAGCUAGUGCGCUCGUGCGUUUGCUUCGCGGAUGUCGCGGAAGCCUUACUAGAACGAGGCCGAUGGCUGUGUUUGGGUUUUGUAGCCGAUUUUUUAAUUUUGUGUUCAUCCCUUAUCCCCCUUACGCCUCUCUUUCUUUACUCUUUAUAUACCAUUAAAUGUGGUUAAAAACGGGCAUGUGCAAAUGCAAAAACAGGCAAGAAGAAGAAGAAGAAGAAGAAGAAGAAGAAAUAGCAGAAGAAGAAACAAGUCGGAAUCUUAGAGGAAACUAUUAUGUAAGGUCAACAAAAACACUGUAGGGCACUUUGACAUGGAACGCUAAGGUCCGAGUACGAGAAGCGAAAAACGCAGUGGAAAAUUAUACUCUAUGAAGGUAAAAAAAGAAAGAAAAAAACAACAACAACAAAACAAACAAACUAGCAACGGAAGCGUAUGGGAGAGUUUUACCUAGUCAAAUGUGCUGUAUGACUUAUAUUUUAAAUAUUAUUGUGUAUCGUAA